CUUUAUUUAUUUAUUUUGCACCAACAGGGUUGCUGCAGACUCAUUCUCUCCUGGUUUAAAAAGAGAGAGAGGAGGAGGAAAAAAGAGAGAGAGUAGAAAUGCUUGCUGGCUCUUCUCUCUCCCUCGGUCUGGUCCCUCUGUCUUGGCAGCCGCAGCUGCAGUAGCAGCAGUGGCCGAGCGGGCAGUGAGGAGUGAGACGUGGGCCGGGAGGUGAGGGGCCCAGGGUGCGGGUCCGAUGGGACAGGGCCCCCAGCCCUGCGCGGAUGUGGUGCCCAACUUGAUGCCGCCCUCCUGCUUUUCCGAGAGCAGAUUUGACUGGGGAGCUACUGAGACUGGGGAUGCUCUCCAGGACUGGAAGGGGAAAACCCAGGUUCCCCAAAGACAACCCAGCAGGCCCCCCCAGCUGGUGAGAUGGUGUACUCCUGUCUGCUCCUGCAUCCACUUGCUGGCCAUGCCGAGAUGGACAGGCCAAUCUCUGCCCGCUCUGAGGAGGCCCAGGGACACCCAGGGUUAGCAUCCUCUCAAGUCACCUUCCAAACAGGGCCAUACUGUCAUCUGUUCCAGGACUGAAGAGGGGAUGGACGCCAUCGCAGUUCCCCAGCUGGCCUGGCCCCCGGGGCUACUCCUCCUGCUCUUGCUCCUCCUGCCCGGGGCGGGCAGUGGCGGCUGCCCCACCGUGUGCGACUGCACCUCCCAGCCCCGCGCCGUGCUCUGCGACCACAGGAGACUGGAGGCUGUGCCCGGGGGGCUCGCGCUGGACACGGAGCUCCUGGACCUGAGUGGGAAUCGCCUGUGGGGACUUCAGCGCGGCAUGCUUUCCCGCCUGGGCCUGCUCCGGGCACUGGACCUCAGCUACAACCAGCUCUCCACCCUUGAGCCGGGGGCCUUCCACGGCCUGCAGAGCCUGCUCACCCUGAGGCUGCAGGGCAAUCGGCUCCGAAUCUUGGGGCCGGGGGUCUUCUCCGGCCUAUCUGCCCUCACGCUGCUGGACCUCCGCCUCAACCAGAUUGUCCUUUUCCUGGAUGGGGCUUUUGGGGAGCUGGGCAGCCUUCAGCAGUUGGAGGUCGGGGAUAACCACCUGGUGUUUGUGGCCCCGGGGGCCUUUGCAGGGUUGGCCAAGCUGGGCACCCUCACCCUGGAGCGCUGCAACCUCAGCACGGUGCCCGGCCUGGCCCUGGCCCGCCUCCCGGGGCUGGCGGCCCUGCGCCUUCGAGAACUGGACAUCGGUAGGCUGCCAGCUGGGGCGCUUCGGGGGCUGGGGCAGCUUCGGGAGCUGGAGAUCCACCACUGGCCAUCGCUAGAGGCUCUGGAGCCUGGGAGCCUGCUGGGGUUGAACCUCAGCAGCCUGGCCAUCACCCGCUGCAACCUGAGCUCCGUGCCCUCCCAGGCGCUGCACCACCUGAGCUUCCUCCGAGUCCUGGACCUCUCCCAGAACCCCAUCUCGGCCAUCCCCGCGCGGACGCUCAGCGCCUUGGUGCGGCUGCAGGAGCUCCGCCUGUCUGGGGCGUGCCUCAACUCCAUCGCCGCCCACGCCUUCCACGGCUUGACCGCCUUCCAUCUCCUGGACGUGGAAGACAACGCCCUCCAGACGCUGGAGGAAACCGCCUUCCCGUCUCCGGACAAGCUGGUCACGCUGCGCCUGUCCGGCAACCCCCUGACCUGCGACUGCCGCCUCCUCUGGCUGCUGCGCCUCCGGCGCCGGCUGGACUUUGGCUCAUCGCCUCCGGCCUGUGCCGGCCCCCAGCACGUCCAGGGCAAGAGCCUGCGGGAGUUCUCUGACAUCCUACCUCCGGGACACUUCACCUGCCAGCCGGCGCUGAUCCGCAAGUCUGGGCCCCGGUGGGUCAUUGCAGAGGAAGGGGGCCAUGCCGUCUUCUCCUGCUCCGGAGAUGGGGACCCCAUCCCCACGGUCUCCUGGAUGAGGCCUCAGGGGGCUUGGCUGGGAAGGGCUGGCAGGGUAAGGGUCCUGGAGGACGGGACCCUGGAGAUCCGCUCCGUGCAGCUGCGGGAUCGAGGCCCCUACAUCUGCAUGGUCAGCAACGUGGCGGGGAACGACUCCCUGAGGACCUGGCUGGAGGUCAUCCAGGUGGAACCACCCAACGGCACCCUCUCUGACCCCAACAUCACCACGCCAGGGAUCCCAGGGCCCUUCUCCCUGGAUAGCCGCGGGGUGGCCAUGGUGCUGGCGGUGGGCUUCCUGCCCUUCCUCACCUCGGUGACCCUCUGCUUUGGCCUCAUUGCCCUCUGGAGCAAGGGCAAGGGCCGGGUCAAACACCACAUGACCUUUGACUUCGUGGCACCCCGGCCCUCCGGGGAUAAUAACUCCGGAGGCAACCGGGUCACUGCUAAGCUCUUCUGACUUUUGCCCUCAAACAGCGGCCAGUCAAGCCAGCUUCGGAUGCCAAAGGGGGAGGUGCAGGAGGAGACAGGGCCACUUUGAUCAUAAACCUCGUCCCCCAAGCACAGACCUCUGACACCUCUUGCCUGAGUCAGACCAGCAAGUGAUGAUACCUCCGGACAGAGUUUGAGGGGGCCAUCCCCAGCCCAUCCCUGAGGGCUGAAGAGGUUCCAGCCGGUCUGCAACCCCGCCGACACCACACUCACAAAGCCGGGCACAGAACCCAGGCACCCAGGCGCCAGUCUCAGCACCAGGCUUUCCUCAUGCAUCCGCACUCGGAGCUUGUCCCAAGUGUACUAUUGCCAGCCUGUUAGAUUACUCCAGGGGAGUCCUGCCUGCAUCUCCCAAGUCAGAUCCACGCCCCCCCCCAACGCCCCCCCACCCAGUGCCCAAACCCCUGAGGCUGAGAGCGGGGCUCAAGUGUGGGAUGGGGAGUGGGGGGUCUGAGGACACAAUGGUACCGUCUGCAUGCGCCUCUGCCUCUCACAUCAUUAAACCUGCUGCCCAAAGCCAUGGCCGUAGCUGCCCAAACCAUA